CCUCUUAGAACUGUGUUCCUGAAGUUCCGCCGAGGAGCGAGGCAAUAUUUUUAGCCGAUGCUAGCUACGUCGUAACAAAUGCAAAUGAACGAGCUAGAUGUUUUUUCAGCGUUUUUGUGUAUUUUGUUAAACACCUAGUUUAUAAUGGACACGGGGACGUCUGUUUGUUGCGACGGCGCGAAUUAAGCGAGCGUGGUUGCUUUGCACGGUUUGUUUUCCUCUAAGCAGGUUUGCUAGUUCGGUAUGCUUUUAACCUCAUUAACAUGGAGACAAAACGAGGGGAGAUUCCCAACGGCGUAUUGGACGACCUCUGCAGUCGCUUCAUCCUCCACAUCCCCAGUGAAGAGAGGGACAAUGCUAUCCGAGUUUGCUUCCAGAUCGAACUUGCCCAUUGGUUUUACCUGGACUUCUACGUGCAGAAUACACCAGGACUACCUCAGUGUGGGAUAAGAGACUUCGCCAAAGCUGUUUUUAAUCACUGUCCAUUCCUGCUUCCCCAAGGUGAGGAUGUUCAGAAGGUUUUAGAUCAAUGGAAAGAGUACAAGAUGGGCGUUCCUACAUAUGGUGCAAUUAUUCUGGAUGAAACUCUUGACAAUGUAUUACUGGUACAAGGAUACCUGGCCAAAUCAGGAUGGGGCUUUCCUAAAGGGAAAGUCAAUGAGGACGAGGCGCCCCAUGACUGUGCUGUACGAGAGGUUUUAGAGGAGACUGGUUUUGACAUCAGAGACCGCAUCUGCAAAGACACCUUCAUUGAGCAGAAAAUCACAGAUCAACUUGCUCGACUUUACAUAAUCCCUGGUGUACCAAAGGAAACAAAAUUUAACCCCAAAACCAGGAAAGAAAUAAGGAACAUUGAAUGGUUUCCUAUUGACAAACUGCCAUGUCAUAGAAAUGACAUGACCCCCAAAUCCAAGCUUGGCCUGGCUCCCAACAAGUUUUUUAUGGCUAUUCCUUUCAUGAGGCAGCUCCGAGAAUGGAUAGCCAAACAUAAACUUGAGUCCACAAGCAGCGAUGAGGACUUUUUAUCCAAUGGUAGCACUCCAUGUAAACCUUUUCGAUCGAAGCCCAGGCGUUCACAGAUUGCAGUGGAGGCAUCUCCAGGUGAAGGCUGGUCAAAGCAGAAGCAGCAGAAAGCUUUUGGGCAGCCUGGUCAAUAUGAGCUUGCAGAUUUUCUCAGAGUCAAGCAUGACCCUUGACCCUUCACUGGAACGAAGGAGCCCAGACCUGUUCCAGCAUGACAAUGCCCCUGUGCACAAAGUGAUGAUGGUCAUGAUGGACUUUUGACCAUAUAGUGUACAUCAGGAAAGAUAUUCAAUAUGAAAUAAAUGUGCUACGAUAUGAACACAAAUAUAAACAAAUGCUUCCACAAAAAGUUAAAUGUUUCCCUAUUAUUAAAAAAAUUUAAAUCCGUUCUCCAUCAUCAAAGUCUAUUUCCAUUAUCUCUCCUGACCUCUCGUCCACAACGGCCUUUAAGACUUACAGAAUUAAUAGGAAACAAUUUAACAAGAAUUACAAAUGAAAACAAACUAAGGAAAAUGCAUUACAGAUAUCAGUAUCAUAUGGUCACCUAUCUCAUUGACAGCAGUUUUAUGUUUUUUGGGUCAUUGUGCUUAAAAAAUCCUUAAAUGUUGUAGUGACUUUAGCAACUGAAAAAAAUUAUAUAUAUAUAUACACACACACACUACUCACAAAAAGUUAAAGAUAUUCGGCUUUCGGGUGAAAUUUCAGGAUGCACCUAAAAUGCACCUUUCCAGGUGAACUUAAUUUGACCUUCUCUACACUUCUGAAUGCACAUGUCCAACUGUUCAGUGUUUCAGUACUUUCUGCAGAACUUGCUGUUCUCUAACAAGGUGCUUAACGGCAAAAUUCACAACUGGUGUUUGAUCCAUGAAUCCACCCAUAAAUUUUCUGGUUCCAUUAGAAUUGGUAUUUAAACAGUCCUCUUCAUCAUGCUGUUCACAUUUUGACAUCAUGAGACCAAGACCACACCUAACAACUGAUCAACAGAACCUCACCAUUGUGAGGCUUCAAACAGGAUGUUCUCAGAGGGAAGUGGCCACUGAGCUUAAAGUGUCACAGAGUGUCAUCAGCAGGUUGGGACAGAGAUACAGAGAGACUGGAAGAGUCACAGAAAGACAUAGAAGUGGACGUCCUUUGGCCACAUCCCACGUUGAUGACCGCUUCAUUGUGAACAGUGCCCUGCGGAACUGGAUGAUGAAUGCCACUCAACUCCAGGCACAUUUAAGGGGGGUGAGAAGAACCCAAGUGUCACAUCAGACCAUUCGAAACCGUUUACAUCAGCAUGGUCUGCGUGCUAGACGACCUGCAAGGGUAUCUGACCACACCACCAGGCACAGGCGUCAUCGACUUGCAUGGGCCAGGGAGCAUUUACGCUGGACGAGGGACCGGUGGGCCUCAGUGCUGUUCUCUGAUGAAAGUCGAUUCACGUUGAGCAGAAAUGAUGGACCCAACGAUGUUGGAGACGUCAAGGAGAGCGCUAUGCAUCAGCCACUGUUGUGGUGGUGUUACAGUCUGGGCAGGUGUGUCCACUCAAUACAGAACUGCCCUACAUCUUGUGAAUGGUACAGUGAUAAGCCAAUACUACCUGAAUAACAUCAUUAAUCCAGUCAUUGUGUCCCUGCAUGAACAACACAGGCCUAAUUUCAUCUUCAUGGACGACAAUGCUCCAGCUCAUCGAGGUCGCAUCAUUAGGGAACGGCUGCUGGAGGCUGGGGUACCUCAAAUGGAGUGACCUGCACUUUCUCCAGACCUGAACCCCAUAGAAAACCUGUGAAAACCUCGACUCGUGAACAGCAUGAGACGUCGUUGUCAAGCUGUAAUUGAUGGUCAAGGGCACAUGACAGAUUAUUGAGACAUUGAGAUUUUUUGUUGUGGUAUACCCUCCACUGUUGUUGGCUUUUGUUUCAAUAAAUUGUUUGAGAUGAGGAAAUCACCAUUGCAGCUUCUACUUAAAUGCCCUACUUUCAUGAUAUAAUAUCACUGUAGUGUGAACUUUUUACAUUUUCCAUAAAUUUCACCCAAAAGCCAAAUAUCCUUAACUUGUUGACUUGUUGUGAAUAGUGUGUAUAUGUGUAUGUAUAUAUAUAUAUAUAUAUAUAAAUGUGUGUGAUUACAGUGUGAGCUAACAGUAAUGUAGAAAGAUGAAUAUCAUCCUGAUCAUGAACUUUACAGAGUUGUUCAGUAUGAGUGAAGUUAACCAGGAGAGGGCAGUGGUGGUGUAGUGAUGAGUUUAAGCCCAUACACUGUGUUUUAUUUCUGUUCUCUCUGCUGUGUAUGUGCAUGUGACAUAACGUGAAUUAUUUCAAUAAUCUGAACAAUCUGUAUAUGCGUCAGUUUUUACAAAUUAUUGCAAACUAUCAGCAGUAGAAACUGCAGUGAAGCUCAUUGCUGUCAUGUUUAUGCAGAACCAUAAUGUGAAAUGCAAUGGGAGGAAGCAUCAGGAUUCUCCUAAUGUAAAGAAAAGAAUGAAUGAG